AUGAGAGUGAUAAUCGAAAAGAACGAUGAAAAAGUUGGUGAAAUUGCCGCAUUAUAUGUUAUGAAGAAGAUCAAUGAAUUCGAGCCACAAUCGAAUAAAUAUUUCGUUCUCGGUCUACCAACUGGAAGUACUCCGUUAACAAUGUAUAAAUAUUUAAUAAAAUUCUAUAACGAGGGGCGAAUUUCAUUUAAAUUUGUGAAGACAUUCAAUAUGGAUGAAUAUGUUGGUUUGGCUCGUGAUGAUCCACAAAGUUAUCACUCAUUCAUGUAUGAUAAUUUUUUUCGUCAUAUUGAUAUCGAUCCGAGAAAUGUUAAUAUACCCGAUGGUAAUGCUGAUGAUUUGACUGAAGAAUGUGUGAAAUAUGAAAAAAAAAUUGAUGAGGCUGGUGGAAUUCAUCUUUUCAUUGGAGGUGUUGGAUCAGAUGGGCAUAUAGCAUUUAAUGAACCAGGAAGCAGCCUGAAUUCAAGAACAAGAGUCAAAUCACUCGCUUAUGAAACUAUUAUGGCGAAUGCGAGAUUUUUUAUGAAUGACACGUCAAAAGUGCCUAAACAAGCAAUAACUGUUGGUAUUGGAACCAUAAUGGAUGCAAAUGAGGUAAUGAUACUAAUAACUGGAAAGCAUAAAGCAUUAGCAGCAAAACAUGCAAUUGAAGGUCAUAUUGGCCAUACAUGGACAGUGGCAGCACUUCAGUUGCAUCCAAAUACAUUAUUUAUUAUCGACGAGGCGGCAUGCUUAGAAAUGAAAUUGAAAACCGUAAAAUAUUUUGAAGAUUUAUCGGAAAACAUUGUUAAAAUAAUUAAACAACAAUGGUAA